CGGCAUAUCAUGGAAUCCUCUCUGAGGUGCCCGUCACUAACCUGGGCUGCACCAGUCAUCUCGCUCGACAUACCGACACCAAAACUCCGGUAGGAAGCUGCCACUAGGAGGAGCUCACUGUGUACAGAUUAAAACAACAAACAAAGUGGUUCCAGGAGCCUUCCUAAUGCCAUUAUUGCAAUAAGUACCACUAUGGCGGAAACUAGGCUGGCAAGCUAGAAAAAAAGAAAAAACACGGAAAUAUUUCCAUUUUGAAUUGGGGGUCUGUCACUUUUAAGGCAACAUUAUACAGAAAAUGACUGACUCCCUCAAAUUGGAAAUCCAACAAGCUUCUCAGUAAAAGCACGUAGACAAGUGUGAUUGACCUAGUCUACCAUUUUGAACAGAUGAAUAGGAAGGAAUGGCUUCUAGGGAAAUUACCGGCUCACACGGCGCUGACCGACCAGGACACGAUAGGAAGGAUACAAAUGUACUUUAAUAACCAAGAUGCAACGCAUUUCGCUGUGCAUGCACAGCUUCUUCAGGCAUGGCAAGACAGACACAACAACAUGCUUAUAAAGACUCAAGACACAGAUGACACCGAUGACGUUGACAUCUCCAUUGAUAAUGCGGCCUUUAUGGAUGAUUUCUUUGCUCAGAUUGAGGAGAUCCGACAGAACAUUGAGAAGAUCUCUGAGAGUGUUGUUGAGACAAAAAGGCUACACAGUGUGAUCCUAUCAGCGCCUCUACCUGAACAGAAAACUAAGGAUGAGUUGGAAAACUUGACAUUAGAGAUCAAGAAAGCUGCAAACAAUGUCAGGUCACGUUUAAAGUCAAUGGAACAGUCCAUAGAACAGGACACCAUACAGUCCUCUGCUGACCUUCGGAUACGAAAAUCUCAGCAUUCUGUUCUCUCUCGGAAAUUUGUGGAUGUUAUGACAAAGUACAAUGAAGCUCAGGUGGACUUCAGAGAGCGAAGCAAAGGGCGGAUCCAAAGACAGCUGGAAAUCACUGGCAAAAGUACAACAGAUGCAGAACUGGAAGAAAUGCUUGAAAGCGGAAAUCCUAGUAUUUUCACAUCCGGGAUAAUAAACGACUCCCAGAUAUCCCGCCAGGCUUUGAGCGAGAUUGAGUCCCGGCAUCGUGAUAUUGUACGGUUGGAGAGCAGCUUGAAAGAACUCCACGAUAUGUUCCUAGACAUCGCCAUGUUGGUUGAGAACCAGGGGGAAGUGACAGAUAAUAUAGAGAUCAACGUCAUGAAAGCGGUGGAACAUGUAGAAAAAGCUCGAGUAGAGACCACAAAAGCUGUGAAAUACCAAAAUAAAGCACGAAAGGGUUCCCUUAUAGACCGCAUAGAAAAUAACAUGGAUGAGUCGGUGGGUUUUGUGGAACGAGCAGUGGCCGACACAAAGAAAGCAGUAAAAUUCCAGAGUGAGGCCAGGCGGAAAAUGAUCAUUAUUAUUGUGGUGGUAGUUAUUCUGCUAGCAAUUAUUGCCCUGAUUAUCGGCCUAUCUGUGGGACUGAAGCGCUGAGACCAAGACCCUGAUGUUGGGGGAAAUGCAUUUGUACCACUCCAUCCAUGACACCUAAUCCUUGCAAAUCUACUGACCCUCACUCACUCCCAAACUUCACCCGUUCCACCACCCAGGUCUACCUCUUCUUCACCACCUAUACAAGGAUUCAUGUUCAGGCUGUAUCAUAUGUAAUUUCUGUAUAUACUUUACAAAGAGCAAUUGAACCAUAAGGUGCUCGGUUGGCAAGAGCGUUUUGUAAAAACCAAAUAGGCAUGUGCCAAACAAGAAGCCAUUCCUUGUACUGCGUUUUCAACCUGGAGACUAUAGUCAUAGAUGGAAUCCUGACUAAAACUGUAACUUUUAGGAAAAUGUUAUAUUAUUCAGUUUGACUACGUUUAAUGUUUUCAGCCUUAUUCAACUAACUUCAGGUAAUCUGGUGGAAAAAAACUGACCUUGCUUUGUCCAUGCUUUGGUGAGUUUAGAUUGCCCCAAUAUGGCGGACCAGUGAUUUUCAAAGAUAUCUUACAGUGCCGGGCCACAGCUACAAAUCUAUCUCUGUCUCCAUCUCCAUGCAGAUUGAAUUUUCAGAGUACUAUGGAGAUUGUGGGGGCAUUUAUCAUUGUAGGUGUAAGUGAAGCAUUUAUCAUUGUAGGUGUAAGUGAAGCAUUUAUCAUUGUAGGUGUAAGUGAAGCAUUUAUCAUUGUAGGUGUAAGUGAAGCAUUUUUCUGCCCCUUUUUGUGUGUGCUGGUAAUGUGUAGGAGCACCAAGUGUAUUAAAUGGCCACAGAUCAUUUGAUACAUUUUGUGCAGGUCACAUUUUUUGAAAUGUCACUUUUCACAUACACCAAAAAGCUAAGCUAAGUCUGGGCUGGUGUAGUUUUGAGACUUUUUGGUCGUUUUGUGCCUUUUUUUGCACCUUUUUACCAAAAGUCUCAAUUGAUAAAUUCAUUACCAUUGCAUAAGACUACCCUUAACAGCUGGUCUGUACACGCUUUUAAAAAAAUAGCAAAAAAUAGCCUGAGGUGUAGCGCUGCGCCAAAUGUGCAUCAAAUAUACACACAAAAAUAGCUCUAAAGACAAUGAUAAAUGCCCCCCUGUAUGUAUGAGUGAUUAGAAUUAUCCAGGCAUCCUAGAGUCCCUCAGUGUGUGUGUAUGCAAGUGAGAUCACUCAGGAUAUUAAGCCAAAAAUACUUCAGAAUACCGCACAAUCGGUUGGUUGUAGUAGGUUCUCCAUAUGUAGUACAUACAACUUAGAAAGGCCUUGGACUGGAGAAAUAAGUACUCUGAGAGAGAGAGAGUUGUUGUUAUGGAUGUGCUUGUGCUACCAUAUUAGUGUCAAAGAAAAGGUUUUUACGCAGUGUAUUCUUAAUAACCAGACUGUCAACCAACAGCGUCAAGUUGCACUACUCAGGAUAGGUCAAUAUCAGAUUGGUGGGGCACUGACACCUUGCACACCCAUGGUUGUGCAAGGUUAGUCCUGAGGACAGGUCAUCAAUACAUUUAUUCUGGAAUAUCCUUUUAAAGGGGUACUCCGGCCCUAAGACAUCUUAUCCCCUAUGCAAAUGAUAGGGGAUGAGAUGUCUGCCCGCGGGGGUCCCUCCACUGGGGACCCCCGCAAUCUUGCAUUCGGCACCCAACUCUUUGAGUUUCACGCUGCACUGCCAGCUAACAAGCUGCCGUGUGCCGACCACGGGCCGCAGUAUUGUGACCUCACGACUCCGCCCCCGUGUGAUGUCAA